CCUGUCGCUCCAGCACAGCACGGAGCGGAACGGCACCGCGCGGCACAGCAUCGCAGGCACAUACGCGCGGGGAGGAGAGGACCGAGAGAGGAGCGAGCGGCGAGCCUGCGUCUGCGCCGCCGCUGCGUUCCAGACCGGCCACCCCGAACCAACCGGCCCGUGCGUGCGUGCGUUCCCAGACACAUCCGACGGCCAGCGGGUUAACCUUUGCGCUCCGGGUUGGAUUUACUGUGGCGUCUGCUGCAGCUGAAGGGAGGCUGACCGGAGCCGGUGGAGCCGCUGCAGCGGGGAGGUGAGUCAGCCGAGGCGGAGACACCCGCCAGAACACCGGGACCGCGCCCGCCCCGCACGCCCCGCACGCUCCUCACGGUGCCUGCGCCGCCGCGCCGGAUCUCCCCGACGGUGCCAGCUGUCAUCCAGAGAUCCCAAUAAUGGGAGGGAGGACCGACCUGGUGAAGAGUGAAUGAACGAAGGAUAGAGGAAAGGGAAAAAGGACAAGCAAGCAGAGCAAGCGGCAAAGAAGGAGAGAAACAAGGAAACGGAAGGGCAAACGGGAGGAAAGGAAACAAGGAGGGUGGGAAAGAUGUGAAGACAUGCGUGGAAAGGAGGAGAGACAGAGUUGAGGACAGAUAGAAACAGGAAGUGCCGGAGGGAGGAACGCGGGCAAAGCCCUGAGGGAUUGGAAGAGAGCGGACGGAGCAGGGGACUGAGGGGCCGGCAGCGAGGUGGGCAAAGCCAGGAAAGAAGCAUCUGGAUGGUCGCCACGGCGACGGCCGGCAGGUUACCCUCCACCCGAAGAUGGCCUCCAACUUCAACGACAUCGUCAAGCAAGGCUACGUACGCAUGCGCAGCCGCAAGCUGGGGAUCUAUCGACGUUGCUGGCUGGUGUUCAAGAAGUCCUCGAGCAAAGGCCCCCGUCGUCUGGAGAAAUACCCUGAUGAGAAGUCUGCCUACAUCAGAGCCUUUCCCAAGGUGACAGAGAUUAGCAACGUCAAGAAUAUCACGCGGUUGCCGCGAGAUACCAAGAGACAGGCGGUGGCCAUUGUGUUUACUGACGACACCGCGCGCACCUUCACCUGUGAAUCAGAGCUGGAGGCAGAGGACUGGUUUAAGACGCUGUCAAUUGAGUGUCUGGGGACACGGCUCAAUGACAUCAGCAUGGGAGAGCCGGACCUCCUGGCUGCUGGAGUGCAGUGUGAACACACAGAGCGCUUCAACGUCUUCCUCCUACCUUGCCCCAACCUGGACAUCUACGGGGAGUGCAUGAUGCAGAUUACCCACGAGAACAUCUACCUGUGGGACAUUCACAACCCUCGCACCAAACUGGUCACCUGGCCGCUCUGCUCCCUGCGGCGCUACGGACGCGACGCCACACGCUUCACCUUCGAAGCCGGGAGGAUGUGUGACAGCGGUGAAGGGCUCUACACUUUCCAGACCAGAGAGGGAGAGCAGAUCUACCAGAGGGUCCACUCUUCUACGCUGGCUAUUGCAGAGCAGCACAAGAAGGUCCUGCUGGAGAUGGAGAAAAACAGCAGGUUGAUGUCCAUGGGUUCAGAGCCUUGCUCCUACCCCUGCACCCCCACCGCCAUCCUGCCCCGAUCCGUCUACUGGCACCACAUCACUGGAAACCAAACCGGCUUGGAUGGCAGCGGUGAUGCUGCUGAGGACGACCUGCUGUCCACCCGCCUACCACUCGACCAUCAUGCCACGCUGCCCCUGGCACACGCACACUCCCAGCCUCACAUACACACACAAUCACCGACACACUACCCCACCUACCCUAGACAGUGACACACACACACACACAUGCACGGAAGAAGAAACGGACGUAGAAGCAAGGACAAAUAAAACCAAUGCGGAUACAUGCAUGCAGGCCCACACAAUUCACACACAAAGACUGAGAGAAAGACACAUUGUCCCCUCCUUAUUUAAGUUUUAGAGGCCAACGACACACCUCGCUGGAGAUGAUGUCCAUGGGACUUACACUGGCCAAUAGAAGAUGGUGAAUGCACGAGGGGAAAACUAAAUCCAGUGAAAGAAUGCAGGAAAAUUCCUUCCUUACAUGACUGCAGCUCCUACAAUUCAACAGAAGGCGGGGGACAUGGGGGGAGAGGGUGAGGGGAAUUUGUGCUUAUCCGUGCUCAGGGUGAGGAAAUUGGCUUGUGUUGCCUCCUGUUCAAAUGUACAAUGUGUGGGAUCUGGCCGAAAUGAAUUCAAAAUAAAAGAAAACACGCAAAAAAAUGAUGAACCCGAAGAGCAGAAUGUGUAGAGGGGGUGCUGAGUGCAAGGAAGUCUACAAAUUGUGUUGCAUGCUAACAGGCUAGCCCCGGCCGGUCCCGUCUUGUAAUACUACUUGUACCUGGAGAGGCGAUAGUGUGGGUCAAUGUAGCGUGGCGUCCUUUCUGCCCUCAGUCAAACAUGAGAGGACGAUGAAGAGGAGCUACGCCGAGGGCUUGUCAAUCACACAGGCCUUCAGUUAGCUGCUAUAUCGGAUUUGAGCAGCUAAAAAAAAAAAAACAGUGCCGGAAGUCACAAUUAGGCCAGAGGAGUGCUGGGUCUAACUUGUGUAACGAGCACUAUGUUCUCUUAUCCGGCGGGGCAGUCCCCUGGAAUCAGUCGACCCGGGUUAGCAUUGGUAAAAUUACAGUUGCUGCAGCUCUGCUACUUUGACAAAGGAAGGUCUACUGCACACUCCCCCUGCGGAGUAGUAGUGUCUGAGUUGUUUUCUUGUUUCUGCCACUCUAGAUUUCAUCAAGCAAACCACUAAAGCGCACACAGACCGUAUUGCCCCUGGUUAGCGGCACAGUGACCACAAAGUUGGCUUUUAUUUUUCAAUAACCGAGGACUGCAUCGACAAAGUAGAAUAGGAGGCGGGCUGCCACCUAUUUGUUUGGAGCAAGUGGGCCAGAAGUUACCGAUUGAGAGAUUGACACUUUUAGUUAUGUUCAAGCGCAAGUUUCUCACCCCACUGGACUGCAUGGGGCCUUAAUAGCACCUAGUGGACUGUGCUAUCAUCGGAAAUAGGCUGACAUAGAGGAUGUACCAAUGCCAGCUGAAACACUUGUUCGAAGAAUACGUGAUCAUUGUAUGUUUGUGUCCGGAUCAAUGCCUUCGAUUUAGCUAGAGUUUCUGAACCUCGGGUUAAAACUUUAUAUGGAUUAUUUUUUAUUGAUUUGUUCCUUUACUGAACUGGAUAUUCAAACUCAAGUUGCAUACGCAAAAAAUGUGAAGUGAAGUUCACCCCUGCGUUACUUGUACGGAUUCUGCCGUCACAUUUCAUCACACCAGGCAGAAGUAACCACUCAUUCUUCUUUGUAGAUGUUGUGGAAUCACACAGAUCAUUAAAAAACAAUCUUAGUUAUUUAGUUCAUAAGGGGAUGAUUGGGAGGCGCUCGGUGAAUUUGAUCAAAUUGUAUUCACUGUAUCUAGAAACCCACACAUUGGCUGGUUUAAUAUAUUAUUUAAUUUUCUGGGAUUAAUUGCAAUAAACCUGAAACACGGAUGCCAAAAUGACAAAUACUGAUGCAGAUUUAGAAAGAAGAGUUAAGCAAGAAGACACAAACAACUUUUACAUUUUUAAUGGACUUUGUAUCUAUCAAUGCAUGGCUCUCCUAACUUAGUGGCUAUUCCAGCAACACUCAAAAUAACAAAAUCUAGAAAUUUAUACAGCAGAAACAAUAUUAUAUUAUAAACUACGGUUUAAACACAAAGAGUCCUGGGACAAAUAUGAUGUACCAUCGUAGAGUUCACUGUGUACAGACAGCCAUCUUCAAAUCCGCUUUUUCUACAUACAGGCUCUUUCAUUCCCUUAAUUUGCGUCGCUCAGCACCAGUUUCCAACCUUUGCAUUGACUAUGUUUGCAGGUCACUUUACGUUUGGUGUGAACACACCAGCAGAGCUUUUGAACCAGCUAGCCAAAUUAGGACAGGGAGGUGAUCAUACAAGGGAGUCUAACCCUCCCAUAGGUUUUAAGGUUAAUUUCGCCCUAAGGGUUUAUACCAGAGCAGAAAUCGAGCAUAUUACAAGAAUAUUUGGGCCAAUCAAAGGGCACUUGGAUCGAUCACAGAAGAUCUUUGGCUCACCACCGAAAUCACACAAAAGAUAAUUCAGCUUUGUGUAUGUGGCCUAUUUCUGAAAAAUGGUGUUGCUUCAACUAAGUCCAAUUUAGUCUGGGUGACAGAUGGUAUGAUUCUAAUGUAUCUCCACUUUGGAUCAAAUGUUGGGCUAUAAUUUCAGUCACUGACUGAAACAAUGAGAUCUGGGAACACAGCAACAUCCCUCCAAAGUAGGCCUCUAUUGUCAGUCCAUCGGACAAUUAAACAAGCCUUAGACAAACCCAAACCCAACCUAUUUGGAAGAGAUAAUAAAGAUUCAUGUAAAAUUGUUGCCUCAAGUGUUUAAUCAUACUUUGACAAACCGUGCUCCACUUUAGAGUUCUGACACCGGAUUAGAAGUGGUCAAGUCUCUACAGUGUAUCAUUGUUAGAUUUGGUUUAGGUCCGUUUGCCCAAGUGGUACUUGGGCAGGGGGCAAUCUCUGGUUUUGAAAUAGUGAAGCCAAUGCAGAAGUGCCUUACACUUGCAUUCUUGCUAAUGGCUAUUCGGGGGUGAACUCCUCUGGUUGCAAAAAUAAGUCAGAUUGUCUAUAAGAAAAUGAUCCUACUUUUCGAUCGAUUUAUGUCCAUAGUGAAGAUAUAGUUUAAACAAUAGUUUAUGGUCUUAAUUGCCAGUCUUCUGCAUUACAGUGUGAUCAUUGUGACCUUUAGACCGUAACAAGUAUAUGCUUUAGGGCAAGGGUACCUUGUGAUUGGCAGGUUGCUAACAAGCCAUUUUCCAGUUUGGAGGUUGUGUGUGUCUUCAUCUCAGAAUUCUAACCAUUUCUCAGUGUGUUUUCAGGGCAUGAAAGUUAACCGUAACGUUUUGGACUUUUCUGAACUACUGUCUUUUGUCACUUACGGUUGUAAAAAAAAAACAAGAUGCCGUAGUCCACGGUAUUGACAAAACGUUGAGUCCCAUCCUUUCUCACGUGUAGUCUUUUGGUCUUGGGACCGGUUGUGUUGGGCUAUUUUUAACGUACUGUACUCUAAUAUUUAUCUCUCACUCUAAUAGUUUUAUUUUAUGUUGUGUUGUACACACACAGCCUCUUUUCUUUUUUUGGUCUGCUGCCAUGUUCCAAGAUUUAAUCAAUAAUUCUGGUGAGUACAAGAAGGAAUUUAAUUGUUAAAGGUUAAACGUUUCAAAAAGUCUGAAUGUAAGGCCUAUAUGUUAAGAAAACCAGAAAUGUCCUUCAAUGAUUCCCUCUUGCAAAAGGUGGCAUGGCACCAUUAGCAUCUUAGAAGGUCAGAGUCUUUCUAAAUGCAGUAUUGACAAACGCGGUUGUCAUUGAGACAAAGUGUGUCAUAAAUCAACCCUGUCUCACUCUCAACUCGCCAAAUCCCAACGCACCGAUGAAACUUUUUCUAUCUUUCUUUUGUAGUCCCUAUAGGAUCAACCAAACAACCAGGUCAUACACGUCAUCCCUUAACACGGACUCCAGUUUUGAAUCUCGAUUUUCUAUUCAGACUUUAAACAAUGAGCAGUGAAUGAAAUAGUAAGUCUUGUCCAGCAUAUUCGCUGGCUAAUGUAGUAACAUGCGGAAACUGACAAGCCAUCCCCCGACAAGUCCGAAAGGGAUGCUUAGAGGGGUACCUAACGCCUCUUAGUUCAAUAGUGUAUGGCCACUGGCCAAGCGUCUGUGUUUGAUGAGUUGGGCCGGAGAAUUUUAGAAGAAUAAUUAGGGGAGGACACUGAACCAGAUCUUUAGCUGACCCUUAUAUUGAUGGUGAUAUCGAUUGAUGUAGAUAUCGGCAUUCAUUUUCCUGUUGCAUCCCUGUAUGAAUGUUUCUUAGGUCCAUUUCUUUCCAUCGUGACCUAAAUUUCUUACCUCCACUGCUUACCCCGAGAGCUGUGCGGUCGACCACUGGAGGAGCCUGUCAAAAGAGAUCCGGUUGUCUUCUCUUACACUGUAUGUAUGACAAGGUCCCGGGCCAGUCAUUUUUCCUGUCCUUCAGAGGCGAGGUAGAGGUGGGAGGAAGAGGAUUAGAAACAUGGGCUGCUGGAAAAAGAAAAGUUGGAUCACAUUUUUCCUCAACUGAGGGCUCACAUGGGAUAUAUCCUAUAAAUGCUGCCUUUUGAUUUGGUCAAGACUGGGUUCAAGACUGUUAAUAUGACAUUGGAGAUUUAACCACAACAAUGUGACGUCUGGGAACACACCGACCCCCUUCACGACAUCGUUGUGAAAUCCCUCGUAUCUGGAUUGGGUCUGGAUCUGACAUAGCUCAAUUAAUACUGGAAUCCUUGUGCAACUUAGAUUUUAUAUAUAUAGAUUUUUUUUUUAAUUUUUAAGUCAUACUUACAUGAGAGGGCUAAGCAUUCUGUUGUUUGUUUAGAUUACCCAAGUUGUGUAUUGUGUGUAGAAUUUUUUUGUGUACCUAUGUAAUCUAUACGUUUUGUACAUAUUGCUAUUUAUUUCUUAUGGAAUGUAUGUGUUAAUUUGCGUGUGUGUAUGUGCAUGUGUUUGUGUGCGUACGGUAGAGAGAGAGAGAGCGCCUGAGAUGAGGGAUAAUUGGAAUGUUUAAUAUACUGACUGAUGGUUUUUUUUUACAGUGUAACGUUGAACAGGCAGACUAUAACCGGUCCAUAGUUUGUCAGCGUGUCGCUUCACACAUAAAUGCCGCUAAGUGAACAAAAGCAUAUUCACACUCCUGUCUUCUGCACCAUCCCGUCUCACAUAGCAUUAGUCUUUUUUGCCUUUUAUUGGUGGCCAUCAAAUGCUGAUAUUUGUUGAGAUAUUUCACUGCCAACCAAAGUGGUGGACUGACCCAACCUCAUCUAUGAGACAAUUUCCUGGAUAAAAAAGCCUGACGUCUUGCUUCACAACUGUUGCUUUGUAAAACACCCGUCUGGAUAUAUAAGUGGAAGAAGGAUGUACACUGGGAGCGCCGCCAAUCUUCAUUCCAGCAGCCGACAGUUCUCGUCACUGUUUGUGGUUGUAGUGUGAUGACACUGACUGUCAACCCCCGCCAACGGAUACGACCUCCCCUUGUGAGGGAUGUCAAGAUGUUUUCUCACUUAUUUACGGUCGACACCAAGUGCAUGUUUUGUAGAGAAAUUAAGUCCAUUAGUUACUUAAUGGUAGCUCUCCAUGGUGAUGUCAAUCCUUUGACUGUGAUUUUGUUAAUGCUUUUCCUUUUCUUUUCUUUUUCUAACGAUUGGCACAUGUAUAAUAUUGCACAUAAAGUUGAAAUAUUCAGUCCAUGUUUAUUUGGUAUGUAAAAAAGCUGGUAAAUUUAUAAUAAAUGAAUGAAUGAAUGAAA